AUGGGGCUGCGGGUGCCUGGAGCUGUUUCGGGGAAAGGCACGGGGAGCAGCGACCCGUACUGCAUUGUGAAGAUCGACGAUGAGACCAUCAUCAGGACUGCCACGGUGUGGAAGACGCUGUCCCCGUUCUGGGGGGAGGAAUACGAGGUGCACCUCCAGCCCACCUUUCACAGCGUCUCCAUCUACGUCAUGGAUGAGGAUGCGCUCAGCCGCGAUGACGUUAUCGGGAAGGUCUGCAUCACCCGGGACAUGCUGGCGGAGCACCCCAAGGGCUACAGCGGCUGGGGGGGGCCCAACGGGCGGGGACCCGACGCGGAGGUCCACCUGCGGGUGGAGGUCCAGGAGAGCCAGGGUGGCCGGCGGCUGCUGUGCUGCACCGUGCUGGAGGCCAGGGAUUUGGCCAGGAAGGACCGGAACGGCGCCUCCGACCCCUUUGUUCGCUUGCGCUACAACGGGAAGGCGCAGGAGAGCACUGUGGUCAAGAAGUCCUGCUACCCCCGCUGGAACGAGACCUUCGAGUCUGAGCUGGCUGAGCCCGCCGGGGAGAAGCUGUGCGUGGAGGUGUGGGACUGGGACCUCGUUGGCAGGAAUGACUUCCUGGGCAAGGUGGUGUUCAGCGUCCAGGGGCUGGAGGUGGCCGGGCAGGAGGAGGGCUGGUUCAGGCUGCGGCCGGACAAGUCCAAGCCGAGGGAUGAUGAGCGCCGAGGCAGCCUGGGCUCGCUGCAGCUGCAGGUGAGGCUGCGGGACGAGACGGUGCUGCCCUCCCACUGCUACCAGCCCCUGGUCCAGCUCCUGUGCCAGGAGGUGAAGUCGGGGCGCCAGGAUGGCCAAGUGCACCUGGUCACCCUCCUGGAUGAAACCACCACGGCCGAGUGCCGGCAGGAGGUCGCCAUCAACUUGGUCAAACUCUUCCUGGGCCAAGGGCUGGUCAAGGAGUUCCUGGACCUGCUCUUCGAGCUGGAGCUGGCCAAGCCCUGCGAGCCCAACACUUUGUUCCGGAGCAACUCCCUGGCCUCGAAGUCAAUGGAGUCCUUCCUCAAGGUGACGGGGAUGCCAUACCUGCACGCUGUCCUGGGACCCACCAUUACCCGCGUGUUCGAGGAGAAGAAGCACGUGGAGCUGGACCCGGGCAAGGUGGAGGUCAAAGACGUCGGAUGUCCCGCGUUGGGACAGCCCCUCACACGUCUCCUCCUCGGGCGGGCGCAGCACGCCAAGUUCGUGGCCGUCACCAGCUUCCUCUGCCUCCGCUUCUUCUCGCCGGCCAUCAUGACCCCCAAGCUCUUCCACCUGCGGGAGACGCACGCCGACGCGCGCACCAGCCGCACGCUGCUGCUCCUGACAGCCUACCUCCAGUGCAAGUGCGUCAACGAGCUGAACCAGUGGCUGGCGGCCCUGCGCAAGGGGUGCGGCAACAACCCCGGCGUACUCCGCGCCCACCACCCCGGCGUCUUCCGUGGGGACAAGUGGAGCUGCUGCCACCAGAAGGAGAGGACAGGGCCGGGCUGCGACCGCACCCGGCAUGGCGUCACCCUGCAGGAGUGGAGCGACCCCCUGGACCCCGCGGCGGAGGCUCAGCGCCUCUUCCACCAUCUCCAGGGUCUCCAAGGGACCCUCAGGGAAAAGUACUGGGAACUGCUGGAACCAGAGAACGCCCAAAACGGCCCCCGGGGUGAAGGUGCCCCCCUGCCCGAGGGGCUGAGCCGGCUCUUCGGGGUGCUGGGGGAACUGGAGGGCUGCCACCGCCUGGCGCAGCCCCCGGCCCCCCCGGCGCCCACCUUGCUGCAGCUGCAGGCGUGA